CGAGAGUUUACCAUUUAUAAAGAGGCUCAGAGACCUUAAGGUGACCAGAAAGACGUGAGGGAAGUCCCAACUUUAAUCGAGGAUGGAGAUCUGUCCAAAAAUUGGAAGUGGAAAGCUUGCGUCAACAUCAGAAACAGAACCUGUAAAAACCCACUUUGUGCUUGUAAUCCUAGGAGCAACUAGAGUUGGGAAGACAGCUAUAAUACAGCAAUUCUUACACGCGUCUUUUCCCGCCGACUAUAAGGCCACAGUAGAAGAAUUCCACAGGAGUCGAUAUGACAUGAAGGAUUUUGUCUUAACCCUUGACAUUCUUGACACCAGCGGCACUUACGAGUUUCCGGCGAUGAAAAGAUUAGCUAUGAAUGCAGGUGAUGCCUUCGUUCUAGUGUAUUCCAUCGAUGACGCUCAAUCGUUUGAAGAGAUGUGUCGAGAACGAGAGUUGAUCCACAAAGAACGACCUAUAGAUGUUCCUAUGGCUGUGGUGGGAAAUAAAUGCGACCUAGAAGAAUACAGAGCAGUCAAGAAGGAGCUAGCCGAAAGCAUUGUGACUAUAGAUUGGGGGAGUACAUUCAUUGAAGCCUCUGCAAAGAACAACACCAACAUCAUUCAGAUUUUCAACGAGCUUCUUACUCAUGCUUAUGCACCAGGUGUGCUUUCUAUCUCUUUAGAACAAAGACGCCAGUCUCUUCCUUGCUGCAGUGUGAGUCCUAAAGAGAAACGUGAUUCAACACCGAAACGCCACAGUUGCGUCGUAUCGUGAAAUAAUGUGAAGACUCUGCAUGUUGCUGGUUGUGGUUUAAUAAUCCUAAGAAAACAUGAUGAUAAAUUAACAUUACUAAAUUGAA